ACUGCGCUCCACGCCGAAAAAGAGCUCUUGCAGCGCCUUAUUGAGAAGGAACCUACCUUUGCCGAAAUAUCUCACUUUUAUCAGAGUCAGUCCCGCAACCUACAUCGUCGUGCAGCUUUCCAGCUGACAGCAGAGAAAUUGCGCAGAUUCCGCACCGCUUGCCAGAACGCCAUCCUCCUCGACUUCGAGACCGCCCGCGAUACUAAUGUCGAGGGUCGCCUGUGGGAUGCGCAUCUGAAAUUGAAUACCCGGUUCCGCAAGCUGCUUUCUCGCUACCGCGACGAAAACGCUAAAAAGAAACCCGUCGAGAAGCGUAAGCUCGAAAAGCACUACCUGGACUUCAUCAAGUCUAGCCAGCGAUUCUAUCGAGGAUACAUCCAGCACCUCUCCUCGCACUUCGGAGGCAUUGUGGAACUGGACAAGGUCGCGCGCAAGUUCAAUCAUGAGAAUUUAUCGACGCAGCCCUCGUCCACGGUCACACCCGAUUUGCACAAGCGCAUCCUCCAAUCCUGCCAUGCGACACUAAUUCGUCUCGGCGAUCUUUCUCGCUAUCGAGAAACUGAACUCGUCGCCAAGGACCGCAAUUGGGGCCCCGCGAUUGGAUAUUAUGAUUUGGCUUCGGUGAUCUACCCUGUCUCUGGCGCAUCGCACAACCAGCUGGCUGUCAUUGCCCUUGCCGAUGGUAAUCAUCUCCGAGCUACCUAUCAUCUGUACAGAGCGUUGUCCGCCCAGGAUCCGCACCCAUCCGCAAAAGGAAACCUAGAGAUUGAAUUCCGCAAAAUUAUGAACCUGUGGACCAAGAGGGAGCUGAUUCGUCCGGAGGAUGCCGGUAUACCAGGAAGGGCCCUGGCUCCUUGGUUCGUCUAUCUUCAUGCACAGUGUUAUAAAGGCAUCGAUUUCCCGGAGCACGACGAACUGGAGAGCGAGGUGAUGAGCCAAUUGGCAGUCGACAUUAGAGAACGUUCUCUUGAAGGAACACUCCAGAAGUUGUGUCUCGUCAACAUUGCUGCUGAAGACUUUGCCCGAACCCGGUCUACUGAGGAAUCCGUCUCAAACGCCCGUGCUUUCUUUCAAAGAAUCAACGUGAAGACUUUCUUUACCUUGUUACAGAUCCUUCUGGUUGAAUUGGAGCGAUUUGCCGCUGAGGAUUCAAGCACCAGCAGCAAGGAUACCCUCAAGAACGGUCCGGACAAGGUGACUGUUGUCGCGCGACGGAUCUUGCCUGCGCUGCGUCACUACAGCUCUUGGCUUCUGACCACUAGUGAUCUCUUGGUUGCGCAAAAAGAAGAAAAGGACUCGAUCCUUUCCAUUCAGAUCCAGGAGUUUUGGAAAAUAUAUGCCGGCACCCUUACCCUCCUUGCGUCUACGUUCGAUGUUGUGCACCUCCCAGAGAUCGACUAUCUCCUGGAGGAAGACGAAGAGAGUCUCGGAUUCGCACCGUUGGAUCAACCCGCUACGUGCCGCCGAUACCUUGGCAUGGGUGACCAGAUCAAGCCUCGCAUGAAUGAUCCUGGUGUCGAACGAAGCCACCCCAAUGAGGAAAUGCUUUACCGAAUUCGCGAGUUCGUGAUUGAUGGCCUGGACCUUGUUGUCAGAAAUAAAAUUCCCGUUAUUCUCGUCGACGACGAGGACAAGAAGACUUUCGUUUACCAAGAGGACGGCCUUCCCUCUCAGUUCUUUUCAAGCCCUCAUGGCCGUCAACACACUCUGUCAACCCCGAAUAUUGAACGAGACGAGAUUCCCAAGGCAAUGCAGGACUCGGUCUCUGUUGCCGAGGGUCGCAGCAUGUUUGAUGGCUCUCAGUCGGCGUCGGCGUCGGCGUCGGCGUCUAUGUCUGCCAACAUGCACGGCAUUGUCGAGGGAGUAGAGCGUUUGGUUGAGUCUGACACAUACGAGAAUUCUCCGGAUCUUCUGAAUCAGUUCACCUAUUUCCAUGAUAGUGGAGAAAUGCCCACGCCUUCUGCGCGAAUGGCAUCAAGCGCCAAUGCUUUCCCCUUUAACGAGAGAACUCCGCAACAGUUUAGCACCCCCCUUGCCCCGCCAGGUCUUGGUCCACCUGUCGUCAAUAGAGCCGGGCCUCCUCGCGGUUCGAUCUCCCAAGGUUACGGUGCAUUGCCUGCCCUCCCGAGUAUCUGGAACUCUUCGUCUCCUGGGCCACUGAGGGAUGGGCCUUCUCCGAGGACCCCUCCAGUCCUGGGAGGACAGUCUCUAAUGCACGCAAUGGGUCCAGCGGGCAUGAACGCCUCCGAGCGAUCGCCAUCCCAGGACCAGAUGACCAAUGAUCUCCGCCAGAGUCUCAUGGGCCAAACCCAAUUCUCAACCGCCCUCGACCCCGCUGGCUCGAUUUCGUCCUCGUGGAUUCCUCCAACUAAUCUCUCCGCGCAACCGCAUCCCACGGGAAACAGCUGGGAUCACGACAUAGGCUGCAUGACCUUUGGCUCUUACAAGCUUCCAACCCAGCCAAUGUCUAGCGGCAUGCCCGGCCAAAGCUGGGCAAACGACGCCUUCAUCGCGAGUAGUCCUAGCCUCUGGGGCAGGGCACUAUAA